AUGGAAGCCAGCGCAAGAUAUGUCAAAAUAAAAAAAAAGGCUGUGUCACAGUGUCAACCAACUGUACCAUCAUGCAACUGCACUUUUUCAGAGGAAAGCGUGUUUGACACGAGAUCAGAAAUCAUGGCGGCAUCCGUUGGAGCAAUGUCUCCACUUCUUCUAACCGGAAUCGGCUUUGCAAUUUGGAAAUACAUCCAAAGCAAAGCUCAAGACAUUCCAUUUGAGCGAGCACCAUCAGACAUCUCUGAUGAUUAUUACGAACAGAAGCGCGGAUCAAAGGGAAGGGUUAGUCCGUUAGGGUCAGAUUAUAACUACGCCCGCCGUGGAUCAACACCACUUUCUAUUUCGGACACAGACAACGAAUACUACAUCUCCGAAACUCCCACCUCGGAAACACCAUUGUCAGACAUGAAUCAAGACGAAAAAUGGAGGGUACCCACCAAAGCGCAACCGCCAUCAAACAAUGGCCGCGUAGUUGUCGCUCCAGCCAAAUCUGACUCUCUCAAUGGAUGGAUGUUCUGAAAAAAAAUUGUGACGUGUUGUUGGAAUUCUUUCUUGAAGCAUAAUGAAAAUUAAUACAAAUAAUUAUAUGCUUUGUUUCCAAGUAUUUAAAUGAAAUCAAAACAUGUGAAAGUUAAAUAUGUGACUCUUCAUUUUGAC